AUGGCCGUGGACAUUCCCUUGACACCACAACCAUCGAAGCAGUUGCCUUCGUCGCCACCAGGAUCACCGUUCACGCCCUCGUCAACGCCUCCUUGUCCUCCUCUCACGCCCCCGAACUCCGCUUCUCAUGCGCCUCCUCACUGUAGUUCCUCCUCCUUCAUCGCCUUCUGCAGUUCCUCCUACCUCAUCGCCUUCUGCAGUUCCUCCUACCUCAUCGCCUUCUGCAGUUCCUCCUCCUUCAUCGCCUUCUGCAGUUACUCCUCCUCCUCCGUCGCCUUCUCCUCCCUUUCUUCCCGGGCCUUCAAACGACGCCUUUCCAGUUGUUCUCGUCAGAUUUCCUCGUUUGCGUCAAGACAGUGGUGCAUGACGCCGCAGGUUGGAGCAACCGUCGACUCUGCACUAGGUCUUGGGCCAUCCUGCGAGAGCACUGCAUUCUCCUUUCCUGGUUCUCUUCAGGAAAUCCGGAGGUCUUCGCAGUCUCGAAGUGACACGGCUGUUGUCGAACUUCCUUUAACGCCGCCUCCGUCGCCGCAGUUGCCUCCCUGCGCCCCGGUCCCUCCUCCCACGCCCACGACCGCCCCUUCCCCGGCUCCCCUUCACUGCAGGGUCUCCUCGGUCGCCCACGAUAUCAUCCCGAUGCGCCCUUCCUCUCCUCCCGCGGUUCUCGUGGCCAUUUUAACUCCACCUCCUGCAGCUCCUCCGUCGCCCACGCCCUCCAACGCCCUUCCUCCCUCGCUGGCUUCAGGAGAGGUUCUUCCCUCCCGAAGGACGACUCCACAGCUUCCCGCAACGCCGUCUUCAAAGCGCUGUUGCAUGUCUCCGGCGGACGCGGCCGCCGUCGUCAACCUGGUGGCGAUGUUGAUGUUCUCAACGGAGUCAGGCAGCAGUAGAAAACUUUGUGAGGGAGAGGCCACGCUUGGGGAGACGAAAAGAAGCUCCAAGUUGAAGGUGCCUACGAUAGACAAUUAA